AUGCCGCACUCUCCCCGCUCCUCAAGCAGCAGAGGGGAAGUGCCUUCCGUGACCAGCUAUGGCCAGGUGAUCGAGUACAUCGAGAGUGAGUUUAAUCAAUCGCACGAGUAUCGACUCUACCUCGCAUCUUACACCCACACCCCCGACGAAAAGACUCCCUUCCCUUACCCAGCGCCCAAGCAGUCUCGAUCACCGAACAAGCGGUCUUCUCGAGCACACGCUGGCCCGCAGAGCGCCUCCGGAUUGAUCCCUUCUCAACCUCCGCACUAUUUCUCGAUCGACCGAACCCUGCUCUACAAUGCCUUCCAUGCCGACUUUGGUCCACUGCACAUCGGACAUCUUUACCGCUUUGCCGUACAAUUACACGAGGUUCUUGGACACCCAGACAAUGAGAACAAGCCAGUAGUAUUCUGGAGUCAUGCGGACUCGCGCAGUCGGGCAAAUGCAGCAUGCAUUCUUGCAACAUACAUGGUUCUAAUCCAGAACUGGCCACCACAUCUCGCUCUCGCACCCAUCGCCCAAAUGGACCCGCCAUGUAUGCCGUUCCGCGACGCUGGCUACAGUCAGGCCGACUACUCUCUCACAAUUCAAGAUGUGGUAUACGGUGUUUGGAAGGCCAAGGAAGAAGGGCUGGUCGGUCUAAAAGAGUUCAGCCUGGAGGAGUAUGAAAAGUACGAGCGCGUGGAUAUGGGAGACUUCAACUGGAUAUCACCCGACUUUCUGGCAUUUGCAUCACCACAACAUCAGCCAACAACAGUGAUCCCGCCGACCGAUCCGCUAUAUGCACAGCUGCCGAGAUCAGUCUCGGCACUAUCCCGCGACAAGACAAUUCCUCAACCUUUCAAGAAUGUGCUCGGACACUUCGCCGAACGCGGUAUCGGCUUGGUCGUUCGAUUGAACUCUGAGCUCUACUCUCCGAGCUACUUCACCGCACUGGGUAUCAGACACAUGGACAUGAUCUUCGAUGACGGCACAUGCCCAGCAUUGAGCAUUGUGCGGAAGUUUGUCGACCUGGCUCACAACACGAUCAACAAAGAUCACAAGGGUAUUGCUGUUCACUGCAAGGCUGGCCUUGGCCGAACGGGGUGUCUGAUCGGCGCUUAUCUGAUCUACCGCCAUGGUUUCACGGCGAACGAAGUCAUUGCAUUCAUGCGAUUCAUGCGUCCAGGUAUGGUGGUCGGACCGCAGCAGCACUGGCUGCACCUGAACCAAGGAACUUUCCGAGAAUGGUGGUUUGAGGACACUCUCAAGCAGAAGAUUUUCGCGUCUAUGCCUCCAGCAACACCGACCAGAAUUCAGCGGUCUGCAAGCCGACGAGUGGCGAGCAACGGCCAGACGUUCACCCCUCCGAAUGCUGAGCGCCAUGUUGCAAGCCCACGACGGGCGUUGGGAGAAAUUACCAACAACGAGGCUUCCGCUACGGCAUACAGCUCUACAGAGGAUCUGAAGAACAGCUUGGGGGUUGCGGACGAGAACCUUCCAGCGCCAACUCCGGGACAGCCUCGCAAGACAAACAAGAUCUAUGGUGGGCGACGAGUGAUGACCGAGAAUCAGCCAUUUGACGUCAAGCCAGACAGUGGAAGCGUGAGCGUACAACGAACCCGAGUUGCUCGUCCCAACGAAAGUGAAGACGAAUACGCUCUUCGUAUGCUCGCUCGCAAGGCUAGCCAGUCGCCCGUCAGCCGCAGUGGAAAGCGAAGAGCUGUCUCCUGCACGACCACAACGACCACCACGACAAAGUGGGAUAUGGAGACGGCACCGGUCGCCGCGACACCUUCCCGUGCCAGAACUCCAGGCGUUCGCAGUGGUAGUGGAGUAGGAAGCUUGAGCGUCGGCAAGCGCUCUUCGCCGAUCCGUCGUAGCACCGAGGGCAAGACCAGUGUUCGCAAGACCAGCGGCAGAGUCGGCAGUGUCGGAGGCCCGCAAGCCCUUCGCGCGCAGAAGAGCUCUUAG